AUGUCUCGUCCAAUCGUUCUUUCAGGUCCUAGUGGUACUGGUAAAUCAACUCUAUUAAAAAAAUUGUUUAUAGAGUACCCAAACAAAUUUGGGUUUUCUGUUUCUUCUACUACUAGGAGUCCACGUCCAGGUGAAGUUAAUGGUAAGGAUUAUAAUUUUGUUUCUGUUGAUGAGUUUAAAGAUUUGAUAAGUAAAAACGCUUUUAUUGAAUGGGCUCAGUUCAGUGGUAACUACUAUGGUACCACUAUUAAAUCUGUCAAAGAAGUCACUUCUACUGGCAAGACUUGUAUCUUAGAUAUAGAUAUGCAAGGCGUUAAAUCUGUCAAGAACACUGAUUUAAAUGCCAAAUAUUUGUUUAUUAGUCCACCAAGCAUUGUGACUUUAAAACAAAGAUUGAGUGAUAGAGGUACUGAGACUCCGGAAUCUUUGAACAAAAGAUUGAGUGCUGCUAAUGCUGAAUUAGAGUAUGCUAAGACUGGUGCCCACGAUAAGAUUAUAGUUAACGAUAAUUUAGACAAAGCAUACAAAGAAUUAAAAGAGUUUAUUUUUGAAGGAAAACAAUAG